ACUACGGCUUCCGCUAUCCCUAUAUAGCGAGUGGGGGGAACUAGGUCGGGCUCAGUGCAGAGAGUGUGUGCGCGUUGGAAGCAGUAGAUGCGUGCAGAGCUCGUGCUUGUGGCAAUGAAGGAGACGUGCGGCAGUUCUGUGGUGGAGAUCCUGCCCCAAAGGCACUACGGAAUCACCUCUCCAAUUAGCCUGGCACCUCCAAGAGAAAUAGAUUACAUCUAUACUCAAAAGCUGAUUGAGGCCAUGGAGCCGUUUGGUGUAUUUGAAGAUGAGGAAGAGCUAAAUCAAAGGGUAGUUAUUCUCAGGAAAUUAAAUAACUUGACCAAAGAGUGGAUUGUGGAAGUCGGUGAAAAGAAGAACAUCCUGUCUUCAGUCACAUCAAGUACUGUGGGCAAAAUAUUUACAUUUGGUUCCUAUCGGCUUGGCGUCCACACCAAAGGUGCUGAUAUAGAUGCUCUCUGUGUUGCCCCUGGACAUGUGGAAAGGUCAGACUUCUUCCAGUCAUUCUUUGACAAGCUUAAGCGACAUGAAGGUAUUAGAAACUUGAGAGCAGUAGAAGAUGCUUAUGUGCCAGUAAUCAAGUUUGAAUUUGAUGGUAUUGAGAUCGAUCUUGUGUUCGCAAGGCUUGCGCUUCAGUCGAUUUCUGAGAACAUAGACCUUCGAGAUGACUCACGUUUGAGAAAUCUUGACAUAAGAUGUAUUCGGAGCUUAAAUGGUUGCAGAGUUACAGAUGAAAUACUUCAUUUAGUACCAAACAAGGAGAACUUCAGGCUGACGCUAAGAGCAAUUAAACUGUGGGCAAAACGGCGUGGGAUUUAUUCCAACGUGCUGGGAUUUCUUGGUGGUGUUUCUUGGGCUAUGUUGGUGGCAAGGGUAUGCCAACUGUAUCCAAAUGCUUUAGCAUCGACGCUAGUUCACAAAUUCUUCCUAAUUUUUUCCAAGUGGGAAUGGCCAAAUCCUGUCUUGCUGAAACACCCUGAAGAGAGUAACCUCAACUUGCCAGUCUGGGACCCCAGGGUAAAUCCAUCUGACAGGAAUCAUCUCAUGCCCAUCAUCACUCCAGCCUAUCCACAACAGAACUCAACAUAUAAUGUGUCAACUUCAACCCGAGCAGUCAUGGUAGAAGAAUUCAAACAAGGUCUUAUAGUUACAGAUGAGGUUCUCCAAGGAAAACAGGAGUGGUCAAAGCUGCUUGAACCGCCAAACUUCUUCCAAAAGUACAAGCAUUACAUUGUAUUGACAGCCAGUUCUUCAAAUGAAGAUCACCAUUUGGAAUGGGUUGGCCUAGUUGAAUCUAAAAUCCGUGUGCUUGUUGGGAACUUGGAGCGUAAUGAAUUUAUAACAAUUGCACAUGUAAAUCCGCAGUCUUUCCCUGGGACCAGAGAACAAUACAAAGAGAGCAGCUAUGUAUCCAUGUGGUUCCUUGGAAUAAUUUUUAAGAAAGUGGAGAAUGCAGAGGGUGUGAAUAUUGACCUAACCUAUGAUAUCCAGUCAUUCACAGAUACAGUUUACAGGCAGGCAAAUAACAUCAACAUGCUGAAAGGUGGUAUGAAAAUUGAAGCUACUCAUGUGAAGAAGAAACAGCUUCAUUAUUACUUACCCACAGAUGUCUUGCAAAGGAGGAAAAAGAGUAUGCCAGACAUCAGUCAGAACACUUGUGGGCUUGUGUUGCAAAGAUCAUCUGUGGACGAAGGCUGCUUGGAUGGUUACAGGGACAUUGAUGUUGGAACGCAACACAGAGCCGCUCCACCGUUCAACCGAGCGACCGAACUCUGCAGUACUUCUGCUUUGAAAGACACCAGAAGAAAUGCUACUCUUCAAAGAACCACCAUCUUCACAAGUCGGGAGAAACAAUCAGGCUUCACGCAGCCUUCGCUUCCUGUACCAGGGGCAUCCAUUCAAAGGACUGGUUUACGGUUGGAUUCCGCAGUGGUGAUGGAAGCGGCUCCACCUCCAAGUGCCUGCAGCAGCAGCAUCUCCACGGUUGUAGAGCAAAAUACUGUUCCUCCAAAAAUUUCACCCAUCUCUACUCACUCCCCGCAGCAUCUGAACACAUUAGCUGCUAUGGUCUCUAACAGUGCUUCUACUCAGAAGAGAAGCCACUCGCCUUGUUCAAAAGAUUGCCUUAAAAAGCUGAAAGAUGGAGGAAAGUGUAGCCAUGAAGACUCUGUUCCUGUUCUACCUUCUGACACAUUGAGAUCUCAGCGACUUUCCAGUAAAGAAUUGCCAGAUUCAUCUUCUCCAGUUCCUGCAAGUAGCGUUCGUGUAAUUAAAAACUCCAUCAGACUGACUCUUAACCGGUAGCGAUGCCUCUCCAGGUCUUGAACUGUCGUAACUGUUGCAGAAUUUUCAGACUGCUCUCCACAAUGAACCAUAGCCCUUUGAGUGUGCCUCUAAUCUUGUUCUCUUGGAGUCAACUUCAUUUUCACUGUACAGAUGCACAGCUUUAUUUUAAGUUUUGCAUUUGAAUUGUUUAUCUUGAGUAGAACUUUUUUGUUACAGAAAAAUACCCCCCCCCAAAAAAAAUUCUUGUGCUUAUUUUCCUUUAAAAAGGGCAUUGGAAACACAGACUGCUUUGCUCUGCUGUAAUCCCACUUACUUCAGUGGGAGUAUGCAGAGACGGAUAUGUUUCAAAGCCAUCUUGUCCAUGCAGACUCUAUCAGAUAUGCAAGGGGAGUUUUGUGCCUCCUCAUGUAUGCUGACCCCUUCCAGCUGUGAUGGUGGUGCACAGGGAGAAGCAGCUUCAGUGCCCGCCCACCCCUGGUGCCAUCUUUACAUCCUCAUCCUGUCUGUGGAGCUUGUGUUGUAGUUUUCACAAUACAACCAUGUAGCCCUGUAAAUAAUCUGGUUUCCUGAAAAUCAAUAGUGGCUCAAUGGGGUGGUUUGAAGAUAGGAAAAUGUCAUGGGGGGAGGGCCUCAAGCUGCUUCCUGGACACCACAGUCACAAGCAAAAGAGGACCAGCAUAGGUCUGGGAAGCACAAAACUCCCACCAUGCAUCUGGUUCCUCAUGUCCACAAGGACUUUGACUUUCUAACAUUACCCUGAAUCUCCUUCAUAAAUACAUUCUGUUGCUGUAAUCAGGGAAUCCACAACUUACCAGACAGGAGACUGGUCUACAAAACUGAUGUUUGUUGAUGGGCUUCAUCUGAUGGUUGUGAACUUGGGAGUGGAACAACUUAUGAAGGAUCUGUGUAUUUGUGUUGAGUGUAUUUCUUUCCAAAGGCAGUUCUGUUACAGAGCAUGGCACUUAACAUUUCUGCACUGUCUAAAUGUCUUCCAUGGAGGCCCAUGAAACAGAGUGCAAUCUGGCCCCAGUUAAGCACUUUUAAGUUCCAUUGACUUCAGUGGAACAUGAAUAUGAUAGGACUCAAAAUGCUUUAUUUUUGGCUGGAUUAUACUUUGGUUUCAUAACUGAAAAUUCAACCUGACACUGAAAAUUCACCACAAUACUGAAGUGCAAAUUGAUGUCAUAUGAAAAUUGGAGCUGUAAAGGAUUGAAGCCAUAAUUCUGGCUUUUGUGUCAUCUGCUUUUUAAAAGCCAUUCAAAACAACACUCCAUAUCUUGACCACAAUACAUAAGCUCUUGAUCUACCCCCUAGCCCACUUUUUUUUUCUGUUAAGUGUAGUUAGGGUUUUCUGCUUCUGUAGAACUUUGGGUAACUUAACUAAUUGCUCAGUUCAAAAUCAUCACAGUGUUCUGAAGAAGGGAUUGUUUGUGGAGAAGAAUCUGCCAAAAUGGCUGCUAGUAAUGUCGGGAACAAACACAGUUUACAGAAUUCUGGAUUAUUAUAUAGUGUUUCAUUAGUAAUAGCUGAAAUAUAUUUUGUAAAAAAAUGUGUAUUUAAAGUAUUUUUGUAUGUAUUGAAAAAAAGUCAUUUUCAAAGAAGCUUUAAAA